AUGUCAUCUGAAGCACGCUUACGCAUUGUCAAACUCGACGACAACAAUUACCCUGAAUGGAAGGGUGAUAUCACCGGAGCCUUAAUGUCGGCUUCACUCAAUGAGUUCAUUGACCCUGAAGCAGAACCACCUCCAGAACCUGAAGGUUUGGUCUCACGAGAACAAAAAGUCACUUACGAUUUGUACGUUAUGCGUCAACGUAAGGCUGCGGGUAUUAUGUUCAGUCAUAUGACUCAACAAUACCGUAUUAUUGUCGAAUCUGAAGGGUUCAUCUAUCAACCUCUGAAGAUCUGGCUACUUAUGAAAGAGAAGUUUCAAGCCACCACCUCUAGUAGUAAAGUCGGCAAACUUCCAAAUUUGAUGGAGAUGACAAUUUCUCUGUUCAAUACCAAACGUCCCUUGAAAACAAAGGUAGUUCUUGAUGUCAUGGACUCCUAUCUUGUUGAUUACAAUGAACGUCAUCGUCGUGAUAAUGCCACUGCAUCAGCAACUAUUGCUAAUCGUCCGCAACAACCAGCUCGAUGUUUUCCCUAUCCUACCUGUUUGAACGGGCGUCAUAAUCCGGCUGUCAGAGGACACAAACCUGAACAAUGCUAUCAAGCAUUUCCUGAACUUUGA